ACGGCGGGCGCUCACGCUCCGGCGUCGGCUACGGCGCGGGCAGCUGGGGAGCGCCCCCCGGGCCUGCGCCAGCCCGCUACCGCCUCCACUCCCGGCGCCGCGUUUCCUCUCAGCCAGCUCCGCCCGCUGCGAGUAGUGCGGCGCGGACCUGGGCUGUGGCGGGAGAGAAAAUGCCACAGCCCGAGUCCCAGAAGGUCGGGAUCCUGUGUUGCCGGCGUGGGGUAGGACCUCGGUAAUCAUCCUUAAUUUGUUCUGGAACUCGUGAUGAGUGCUGAAACCUGACAAGUACCCAACAGAUUCGCCAGAGGGCCUUUCCGGGAUCUUCACCUUCACCUUCACCUUGAGGACCUUGUGGGGUUCCUGGAGGUAAAGCCCACAGAAGAGCGCCCACCCCCCACGACUGCACCCUGGGGUGUCUCACUCCCACCCCAGUUCGCACCGAGCCUCUCGCACCAGUUCCCUGCUCCAGAGGCCUUUGCCCCAGGAAACUGACAAUGGCCCUUCGGCUGUGCUAGGUCUAUGAUGGGAAGUGCCACAGUUCGCUACUUCUGCUAUGGAUGCCUUUUUACCUCUGCGACCUGGACGGUUCUGCUUUUUUUUUAUUUCAACUUCAGUGAAGUGACUCAGCCGCUUCGGCAUGUGCCCAUCAAGGGGUCUGGGCCCCACGGGCCAUUCUCCAAGAAGUUCCAUCCCCGCCUCACACGAGGCCCCAGCCGGGAGCUGGAGGAGCAGUUCCGGGCAAACAAGAUCGGUGGCAGGGUGAACGGUCACGCUGAAGGCGCAGAGAGAGGCACCAUGAAGUUCUCUUCUGAACUGGGCAUGAUCUUCAACGAGCAGGACCAGGAGCUGAGAGACACGGGCUACCAGAAGCACGCCUUCAACAUGCUCAUCAGCAACCGCCUGGGCUACCACAGGGACGUGCCGGACACACGGAGCGCAGCAUGUAAGGACAAGACAUACCCGGCAGACCUGCCGGUAGCCAGUGUCGUCAUUUGUUUCUACAACGAAGCCUUGUCCGCUCUGCUCCGGACGGUGCACAGCGUCCUGGACCGCACGCCGGCCCGGCUCCUCCAUGAGGUCAUCCUCGUGGACGACGACAGCGACUUCGAUGACUUGAAAGGACAACUAGAUGAAUUUGUCCAAACGCAGCUCCCUGGAAAAAUUAAAGUGAUAAGAAACACAAAGCGUGAGGGGUUAAUUCGAGGAAGGAUGAUUGGAGCAGCCCAUGCAACAGGGGAAGUGCUGGUGUUCCUGGACAGCCACUGCGAAGUCAACGUCAUGUGGCUGCAGCCCCUGCUGGCCGCCAUCCAGGAGGACCGGCGGACAGUCGUGUGCCCGGUGAUCGACAUCAUCAGUGCCGACACGCUGGCCUACAGCUCAUCCCCCGUGGUGCGCGGAGGCUUCAACUGGGGGCUGCACUUCAAGUGGGACCUCGUGCCCCCUUCUGAGCUCGGAGGGCCGGGAGGAGCUACCGCACCCAUAAAGUCGCCCACGAUGGCCGGAGGGCUGUUCGCCAUGAACAGGGGCUACUUUGACGAGCUCGGGCGGUACGACAGCGGCAUGGACAUCUGGGGCGGGGAGAACCUGGAGAUUUCGUUUCGGAUUUGGAUGUGUGGCGGUAAACUCUUCAUCAUCCCUUGCUCUAGAGUCGGGCACAUUUUCCGGAAGCGGCGGCCCUACGGCUCUCCGGAAGGCCAGGACACCAUGACGCACAACUCGCUGCGGCUGGCGCACGUCUGGCUGGACGAGUACAAGGAGCAGUACUUCUCCUUGAGGCCAGACCUGAGGACCCGGAGCUACGGGAACGUCAGUGAGCGCGUGGAGCUGCGGAGGAAGCUGGGCUGCAAGUCGUUCAGGUGGUACCUGGACAACGUCUACCCGGAGAUGCAGACGUCAGGGCCCCACGCCAGGGCCCAGCAGCCCCUCUUCGUCAACAGAGGGCCGAAACGCCCCAGAGUCCUGCAGCGCGGCAGGCUGUACCACCUGCAGACCGGCAAGUGUCUGGGGGCCCAGGGCCGCCCGAGUCAGAAGGGAGGCCUCGUGGUGCUGAAGGCGUGUGACUACAGCGACCCCAACCAGGUGGGCCUGCGUGUCUGGAUCUAUAAUGAAGAGCAUGAACUAGUCUUAAGUAAUCUACUUUGCCUGGACAUGUCGGAAACGCGAUCAUCGGACCCCCCACGACUCAUGAAAUGCCACGGGUCCGGGGGGUCCCAGCAGUGGACAUUCGGGAAGAAGAACCGGCUGUACCAGGUGUCAGUCGGGCAGUGCCUGACAGCGGUGGACCCACGGAGUCCCAGAGGCUUGGUUGCUAUGGCGAUCUGUGACGGCUCCUCCUCCCAGCAGUGGCACUUGGAAAGUUAAGGUGGACCCCGUGCUGUGAUGGCGAUUCGAGCGGCCUGUCCCUCCGGGGGGCGGCCUGGGGAGACUGGGGGAGGUGGCGGCAGCACCGGGUGACUGUCAGGAUGGGAGGAAUCAGGUGCCACCGAGACACUGAGGUCACUUCUAGGUGGCUGUUGAGGAAUUUCUUGCUCACGGAGGAAACCAGAAUGCGGUUUGAAUGUGAAGAGCCGGGUUCCCACAGAGGGACCAGACCCCGGCGUUGCUGGGGCUGCUCCAGGUCCUUUACGCUCGUUCCAGUCCCCUGACAAUGGAAUGGUGUCUGUCCGAUCAGGGCUGGUCACACUCUCCUUCCCUAGAAGACUUCAUAGCAGACGGUUCAUUUUAAACAAACUGAAUCCACAUUAAUUCUAACUUCAGACAGCAUCAUUUAUAGAUCAUAUUUAAAAGGCAGUUGACUAUUAUAAAUUAUUUUGAUUAAUUGUGGUACUAUGCACACUUAAAAUAAAAGAUCUUUUCAAUUA